AUGGCCCAUACCCCCACCAUGUCUCCUUGCACACAUAGGAUUCCCUCGGCAAAUCCUGUCUUGUACCCCAUUGCACUCCUUUGGGGUUCACGCUCAACCGAGGCCGAUUGUUUAGAUUUUACCGCGCGUGUUCUACGCCCCAUUGCCGUUGUCGAACUUCAGUCUAGUGUCAUGAUGUAA